AUGUGUGGGCUCUCUUUCUUCAUCCUCAUCCUUCUUUUGUGCACAAUAUCCCCGCCCAAGCUUCUGGCGACGGGGGCGCGCGACGUACUGGCCCCCGCCCAGGCGAUCACCGGGAACCAGACUCUCGUGUCCGCCGGCGGGACCUUCGUCCUGGGCUUCUUCGACUCCAGAAGCGAGUCCUUUGGGAGGAAAAAUCGCUUCCUAGGGAUAUGGUACAAGAAGAUUCCCAAAAGGACUGUGGUCUGGGUCGCCAACAGGGAUCAUCCUGUCACCGACUCCGCCGCCUUCCUUACGAUGACCGAGGACAAGAACAUCGCCGUGGUGGACUCGAACAGAAGCUUUGUCUGGUCCUCGGACUUGGCUGGUAUCGCCAAUGGCACGGUGGCCAUGCUUCUGGAGUCGGGCAAUCUGGUUCUGAGACAGGGAAACGGGCAGGACGUCUGGCAGAGCUUCGAUCACCCCACCGACACUAUUCUGCCAGAGAUGAAGCUUCGCUACAACGAGAAAACGGGCUUAGCCCAGAGGGUCAUUGCGUGGAGGGAGGUCGACGAUCCCUCUUCUGGAGACUUCUCCGUCGGUCCCAUCUACGACCAAAUCGUCAUCUGGAGGAGAUCAGAGACCUACUUCAGGAUCUCCCAGAAAAGUGUCUUGGGCUUGCAAGUAAGCUCUACAAGUGGAGUUCAGUGCGUGGUUUGGGUGUCACGGGUCGGAGACGAAUUCUCUUUCAGCUUCUUCAUCGUUGGGAGAACUGCCCCGGUAAGAUGGGCUCUGGAGGCCUCCGGAGAGCUGAAGAUGAUGGUGUGGGUGGAGGCAUGGAGUGAGUGGCACCCGUUCUGGAUAAGGCCAAGCAGGUUCUGCGACGCCUAUAAUCUCUGCGGGCCGUCGGGAGCCUGCGAUUGCAACGCGAAACCGCCGACCUGCAUCUGCCUACACGGGUUUGUUCCGAAGAACCAGACCGAGUGGGAGACAAGAACCUUCUCCAGUGGCUGCGUUAGGAGGGUUCAACUCCAGUGCAGCAAAAAUGACAAGUUCCUGCCGGUGAAAAGGGCCAAGCUGCCGGAUAGGUCUAGGAUGAUAGACAAGAAAACCGAACUCGAUUGCCGGGACGACUGCAUCUCGAAAUGCCAAUGCACUGCCUACGCUUAUACAAGCACGAGUGUACACUCAGACGGCUCCAUGUGCCUAAUUUGGUAUGGAGAUCUCAUAGAUCUUGAGAUCGACCAUAACAUUUACUGGGAGAACCUGAACAUACGGCUGGUGGCGUCAGAGUUCGGUAAGCUCGAUUUAAAUUUAUCAUCGAACGCACAGGGUAAUGCACCAUGAAUCUCUGAUCCUGCUCGCAGAUGAAAACCAAAAACCAAUGAAGUUCCUGCUACCGGUAGUAGCUAUCGGUGCACUCCUCGUCGGAGCUGGUUCCUAUUUCCUGGUGAAGAGACUUCGAUCACGCGGUAACAUGUUUUCCUAUAUGUUAUAUUUUUGGGCCAAAAGACGACUAGCCUCGCUGACAAAUAAGUAUGCCCAGAAGCGCGGAAGAGGACGCCAAUGAAAACGAUGAUAUUAGAGGACGUUGACUUAUCUGACACAUUUGGAAGAGACAAAGGCUUCUCAGAGGUGCCUUUAGUGGAGUUCAACAGUGUACAAUGUGCCACCGGUGAUUUCUCAGAUGCGAACAAGCUCGGCGAAGGGGGAUUUGGUUCCGUUUACAAGGUUAUUACCAGUAACUUGCCUGUUAGAUCACUCCUGUUAAUGAACUAGUUCGCGGUUUAUACAUCAAAACCGCGCAAAAAGAACUGUCUCUCACACUCUCUCGUCCUUUCUUACUCCUAUGUUUAUAAUAUAUGUAUAUAAAUUUAUAUACCUAUAAGUAAAUCAGAGCUUUUCUAUUCAGGGGAAGCUGGGAAAUGGGCAUGAGAUAGCUGUUAAGAGGCUCUCCAGGGGCUCCAAGCAAGGCCAUCACGAGUUCGCCAAUGAAGUCAGACUCAUCGCCAGGCUGCAACACAAGAAUCUCGUUCGUCUUCUGGGCUGGUGCACCGACCAAGACGAGAAGAUUCUGAUCUACGAAUACAUGCCCAAUAAGAGCCUCGACAAGCUCGUAUUCGGUGGGUUUGUCUUCACUGGACUUUUAUGAUUCCGAUUCUGCCGGGAAGGAUUGAAGCUUCGCUAUUUUCGUAAAUAAUUAAUGCUUUUUGGUUUUACUACUGGGAAACAGCAAGAUCGGUGGAACUCAGUUGGGAGAAGCGUUUGACGAUCAUCAUGGGGAUAGCGGAUGGGCUUCUCUAUCUGCAUCACCACUCUAGAAUGCGCGUCAUACACAGAGAUCUGAAGACGAGUAAUAUACUGCUCGACAACGAGAUGAACCCCAAGAUCUCAGACUUUGGGUUGGCAAGAAUAUUUGAAAUAAACCAGACCGAAGGAAAUACUAGGAAGAUCGUCGGAACGUUGUAGGUUCUAAUCAAGUUCCGAAUCUUCUAUCAGCUUCAUCCUCCUAUCGUGACUAAUCUCGCUGAAUUUCGGGCUGUGGGUGCAGUGGAUACAUGUCGCCGGAGUACGCCAUAGACGGCGUCUUCUCUGAGAAAUCUGACGUCUUCAGCUUCGGCGUGAUCGUCUUGGAAGUCAUCAGUGGGAAAAGAUGCACGGGGUAUUAUCCUUGCAGGGAGUCACUGAAUCUUCUGGGAUAUGUGAGUUCCGGCCACCUGCUUUGCUUCCUGAUGAGAUUCAGUCAUAAGAAUCGUUUCGGAAUAAUGUAGUUCGACGGAUUUUUAUUAAACGGUUUCCCCUUCCUUCAACUUCAAUGUGCUCUCGACUGAAUGGUGCAGGCGUGGCAGCUAUGGAAAGAAGGCAGAGCCAUGGAACUCCUGGACCGUGCAAUUAAGAGAUCAUUCCAGGCCGACGAAGUGCUGAAGUGCAUUCAAGUGGGAUUACUGUGCAUCGAGGAAAAUCCGGCGGACAGACCCACUAUGAAUUUUGUCGUUUCUAUUCUGACAAGUGAAAGCUGUGCGUUGCCAUUGCCGAAGCAGCCUGGUUUUUCGUUUGGAAGAAAUCUCAGGGUCCGUGCUGACAGAUCGCCGAGAUCAUCCAUUUAUGGGUUGAGCGAGAGUACGUUGGAAGGGCGUUGA